AACAACAUGUUUGGUUUGGUGUAAUGGAUUAGCCAUUACACCCCUAUUCUGUGGGCCUCACUAAUUUCCACUUAAUCCCGUGUUUGGUUUGAUGUAUUGCCUAUUACAGGCCUAUUACAACACGGAUGUAUUCCUCAUUUUCUCUGCUUCAACAACGAUUAGCCAUUCCGUUCCAAAAGUAAGGAUUAGCUAAUCGUCUCUGUUUUACCCUCCCCAGCCAAAAUCUGCUGCUCCACCCCACCCUCUCCCUCCCAACAUCAACAGCAAUUUUCUUCGAACCAAAUCUCCACCGUCUCAGAUCGCCUGUGAGUAAUCUCAACAGCAGUUGCCAGUGAAAAUUGCCCUUUCUUCAAAAACCCAGCCCUAAACCCUUCUCCUCUUUCAAUACUCCAUUCGAACAGGUUGCGGCGUCUCCCUCCUCUGAGCUGCAGCUGUAAUUCACUGCUGAUUCUUGUGAUCCAGGCAUGCAUGCUCUGUUAGCGGCUUGACUUGCAGUCUGGAAGGAUUAAUUCACUGCUGAUUCUUGUGAUCCACUGCUUCAUUUUUUCUCUCGGUCUUAGCGUUUGGUUUGAGUAAUGGCUUGUCUGCCUUUAAUUGCACAAAAUGUGAGGCGUAAAAGAAUUGGUACUGCUGUGACAAUAUGGUUGGAAAUCUGUAGAAUUGUGAUUUGGUUCUUAUUUAGAAUGGGUGCCAGCCUUAGCCUACAUAGACCAAGGAUUAGGUCCUAUACCUUAGAUUUUUAUGCAAAACAGGAUUAUGUGAAAAGGCUUGUAUAUGCUAGUGACCGGACCUGUAUUGAACAAGUUAGGAUGAAUAGAACUGGUUUUUUUAAACUAUGUGAGAUGUUAGAAUCAAUAGGGGGAUUGAAGUCGUCAAGGUUCAUGCUUGUUGAUGAGCUAGUAGCAAUGUUUUUACAUAUCAUCUCUCAUCACCUCAAAAAUCGAGUUAUCAAGCAUCACUUUAGAAGGUUCGGAGAAACUGUUAGCAGAGCAUUCCAUAGUGUUUUAAAUGCUGUCAUACGCUUACAAGAUGUGUUAUUUAAAAAGCCGAAGCCAAUUACAGCCGAUUCUUCUAACACAAGGUGGAAAUGGUUUAAGAAUUGCUUAAGUGCUCUUGAUGGAACCCACAUCAAGAUUAGGGUUCCAACAGUUGAUAAACCUAGAUAUCGAACGCGAAAAGGUGACAUAGCAACAAAUAUGCUAGGUGUUUGUACACCUGAGAUGCAAUUUGUUUAUGUUCUUCCUGGUUGGGAAGGUUCAGUUGCCGAUGGACGGGUGCUUCAAGAUGCCACUAGUAGAAGACAUGGACUAAAAGUUCCUCAUGGUUGUUAUUAUCUAGUUGAUGCUGGAUACACAAAUUGUAAUGGAUUUCUUGCACCAUUUAGAGGACAGCGAUAUCAUUUGAACGAGUGGCGUCAGGGUUAUCAGCCAAGUUCUCCGCAAGAGUUUUUUAAUAUGAAACAUGCCUCAGCACGUAAUGUUAUUGAAAGAUGCUUUGGCUUAUUAAAACUUAGAUGUGGAAUACUUAGGAGUCAAUCGUUUUAUCCUGUAAGGGUGCACAAUAGAAUUAUUAUUGCAUGUUGUUUGCUCCAUAAUUUUAUUCGAACCCAUAUGAGUAUUGAUCCCAUUGAAGCGGAGGUGGGAGAAGGAUUACCUAGUAAUGUGGUGGAUGACAUGAACCGAAUAUCACAAAUAUUCAUCCAUCGGAUGCUUGGGCUACUUGGAGGAUGGAACUAGCCAACCAAAUGUUCGAUGAAUGGCAAGCAUCUAGAAAUUAGUUAGGUUUAGGGACAAAUUGAGUUUGACUUAAUUUGUUGAUGUUAUUUUAUGUAUCUAGUUUAUGAAACUUUGGUGGUGUUUGAUUAAAAUUCUGUAUUGUACUAAACUUUGUUGAAUUAUAAUUUAAUUAUCUUUUCAUUCAGCAUGUGUUAUAAUUUUAAA